UCUUUCCCUGCCUUACCCAUCCCUCAAACAUUGAUCUCAUACCGGCCUUAAUCCAGGAAACCUUCCCACUCGAUCUUUUUUCCUUCCAGAUUUCUCUUCCUUAUUUAAUUUACUUCGCCUUUGAAUCUCUCGUCUCACCCGCACAAUGACAAUCGGCGGCCCCAAGAAGCGCCACCGCGCCACCGGGCCCUCCAGCAGCCGCCAUUUGUCCACGAUCGCAGUCAUCGACACAUCGCUCUCCGACAUUAGCGUCGCCGAAGUUACCCAAACCCGACGCCGUAGCCCAACCACCACUGGUGCCGGCGGCGGCAGUGACAGCUUCUUUAACGACUCUUCUACCGCCGACGUGAUCCUGCGCCUCUUUGUCGAUACCGCCUCGUCGACUGAAUCUUCCUCCGAUUCUCGCUCCGUCGACCAUUCCCCCUCCACCUCCGUCUACCUCCACUCUGACAUACUCCGCCGUUCGAAUUACUUCUCUGCUCUCUUAUCUGACCGAUGGAUGGGCCAGUCCAAACCAGAUGACUCCGAUAACUUGUUUAGACUUAAUCUUAGUGUUCCUUCUACUCCUGGUUCAAUUCAGUCCCAUCUCACGGUGCUUGAAUUGCUCUAUACUAAUGAUUUUGCUAAUACCAUUGAUAGUGCAUCCACUGCUCUCGAUCUCCUCGCAGUUGCCCUCGAAUUGUUGUUCGAGGAUUGCAUUCGUUCAUGCGUUACUUUCCUGGAGGCAGUCCCUUGGACGGAAGAGGAAGAGAAGAGAGUCUUGAACUUGAUCCCUUUUCUGAGUGAGGAGGAAUCAAAGGAGCUUCUUGCCAGGGUUUCCCCGUUAAGGGAGGAUUCGUGUGAAGUUAUGCUUGAAGGUUUGAUACUUUCGGCCAUUCACAAUUAUCAGAACAUGGCCUAUGUCAAGGCUUUUGUUGCUAAGAUUUUGAGGGAUUUUUCUUCGAGGGAAUCGGCCAAGCGGGUGCUGGAGAAGGCAUUUAACAUGAGCUUGAAGACAGUGAAAGAGUCCUUGGAGGAGUAUUCCAGUCCGGAUUUUAGAGGGGACCAUAAUGAAACGGAGGCGAUUCAGCGGUUGAAUUUGCACAAAGCCAUGACAAAUGGAAAGCAUCUUCUGUGGUUGGUGGAGAGAAUGAUCGAGCUGAGAGUGGCUGAUACGGCCGUCAAAGAAUGGAGUGAGCAGGCAGCGUUCACUGCUGAUUUGCAGAGGGCUUUUCGGGAUGAUGCCUGGAGAAAUAUUGCGCCGGGUCUCCCUGCUGUCAUGCUUCGGUGCACUUGCAAGUUAGCAAAUGCAGUUGCCGCUGGCACUAUCUUGGCUACUAGACCGGUGAGAAGAAAACUAGUUGAAGAUUGGCUACCUGUUCUAGUUACAUGCAAAGAUAAUGUUGCACCAAUGUUACCCAUUAACAAAUCAUUGUAUCUGGAGCUGGAAGAAACAUUUUUGAGGAUAAUCUCUACAUUGCCUAUGUCAGAUGCUCAAGAACUGUUGCAGCAAUGCCUCAGCUUCUCAACCCGAAAUGUUGAAGAUUGCCCUCACUUGGUGACUGCAUUCAACACCUGGUUUCGACGUGCAGCCCAACCCUUGAAACCAGAUCACUCAUAAAUGAGGCAAAUGUUUACGGUUUUUUUGUUGUUUCGCUUCUAGCCAAACAUUUUUCACAUGUAUAUCAAUGUUCAUGAAGUUUAAGAUGUGCAUAUUGGAAGUAACAAUCUUUUAGGUGAUAAGCAAGCUCCAGAACUUUGACUUUGUCGCCCUUUGA